AUCCGACUCCACUCCAUUUAGGGAGCGGCCUAGGAGAGUCCCCCCCAAGGACCGGGAGGAUCUCCAGCGCACCUUACAGGAAAUGAAAAGGCGAGGAAUUAUUGCUGACAGUCGGAGCCCCUAUGCUUCCCCUAUAGUCAUCGUGAGGAAAAAGGAUGGCUCAAUCCGGUUGUGCGUGGAUUAUCGUACUUUAAAUAGACGCACUGUACCUGACCAGUACACUCUACCUCGAAUUGAGGAGACUCUGGAAGCCCUUAAUGGUAGCAAAUGGUUCACUGUAAUGGACUUACGCUCUGGCUAUUACCAGGUACCUAUGGCAUCUGAGGAUCAGGAAAAGACUGCAUUUAUAUGCCCCUUGGGUUUUUACCAGUUCACAAGGAUGCCCCAAGGUAUUUGUGGGGCCCCAGCUACCUUUCAGAGACUUAUGGAGAAGAUGUUGGGAGACCUGUCACCCCGAGAGUGCCUGGUGUAUCUGGAUGAUAUCAUUGUGUUUGGGACUACCCUAGAGGAGCAUGAGCAGCGUCUGAUGAAUGUGAUUGACCGAUUAAUAGCAGAAGGACUAAAACUGUCAAUCGACAAAUGUAAGUUUUGCCGCUCCUCAGUAACCUAUGUAGGCCAUGUGGUCUCUACAGAAGGAAUAGGAACUGACCCGGCCAAGAUUGAAGCGGUGGUAACCUGGCCCAAACCCCAAAAUGUCACUGAGCUGAGAUCAUUUCUCGGGUUUUGUGGUUACUACAGGCGAUUUGUAGAGGGGUAUUCAAGAGUGGCCCACCCAUUAAAUGAAUUGUUGAGGCUUUCUAAUGUGCAUGGUGAAGGGACAAAAAGAGAUGCUAAAGCCCCUUUUGGUGAUAAGUGGACUUCAGCCUGUGAAGAGGCCUUUGUUCAGUUAAAGAAAAGGCUGACAGAAGCCCCUGUAUUGGCUUAUGCAGAUGCUCACAGACCAUAUGUCCUCCAUGUUGAUGCCAGUUAUGAAGGGUUGGGAGGUGUCCUACACCAGAGGUACCCAGAAGGGCUGCGGCCAGUGGCCUAUCUUAGUAGGAGUCUGGCACCCAGUGAAAAGAAUUAUCCUGUGCAUAAACUGGAAUUCCUGGCUCUUAAGUGGGCCAUUGUGGACAAGUUGCAUGACUUCUUAUAUGGAGUAGAGUUUGAAGUACGAACAGAUAAUAACCCUCUCACAUAUAUUUUGACUACUGCUAAACUUGAUGCCACAGGGCACCGUUGGUUAGCUGCACUGUCAAACUACUCUUUCACCCUCAAGUACAAACCAGGGCCUAGGAAUAUAGGAGCGGAUGCUCUCUCUAGACGACCGGGUCUGCCUGCCCUGGAGGAUGAUGGGGAGUGGGAAGAGAUACCCAGCAUCGGUAUGAAGGCCUACUGUGCUACAGCUGCUGUAGUGGAUGACAAAGUGGCUUUUUCUGAGUUGAGGGUCGUAGAUUCUGUUGGUGGAGGGCCGGAAUCUGUACCACCUAUGUACUGCUGUCCCAUUUCUCUAGUAGGGGGAGAAUCCAAGUUAAUCAGUCACAAGGACAUGGUUCAAAGCCAGAAAACUGAUCCUGUGAUAGGGCACCUGUGGAGAGCGGUUAACAGCAGAAAUCCUGCUUUGCUCAAGAAGAGUUUGCCAGGAGGGUAUGAAUUUUUCCAACGUGACUGGGGGAAGUUCUGUGUGGAACAAGGACUGUUAUACCGGUUGAUACCAUAUCAUAAUCACCCUGGGAGGCGGCAAUUAGUGUUGCCCCUUAAAUUCAGGAACAUGGUGUUAAGGAGUCUGCAUGAUCACCAUGGACAUCUUGGAAUGGAGAAGACUUACGGGCUGGUCCAAGACCGCUUUUUCUGGCCUAAAAUGAGAGAUGCAGUUGCAAGUUACUGCAGGAAGUGCCUAAGGUGUCUGCAAAGGAAGACACUUCCGGUCCUCGCUGCCCCCAUGGGUCACCUUAAAAGUUCAGAGCCCAUGGACUUGGUGUGCAUGGACUUUCUUUGUAUUGAGAAUGAUUCGAGGGGCAUCGGUAAUGUUCUGGUAGUCACCGAUCACUAUACCAGGUACGCCCAAGCUUUCCCCACCAAGGACCAAAAAGCCUCCACAGUCGCUAAAGUACUAUGGGAGAAGUUUUUCAUUCACUACGGGUUGCCAAGUAGAUUACAUUCUGAUCAAGGCAGAGACUUUGAGAGCCGUCUUAUUAAAGAGCUUUUGCAACUGUUACAUAUUGAAAAGAGCCGAACUACUCCCUAUCACCCCCAGGGAGAUGCCCUUCCUGAGAGAUUUAACCGGACAUUGUUGGACAUGCUAGGUACCCUGCCAGUGGAGGAUAAAAAGAGCUGGAGCAAGCAUGUGGAGGCUAUGGUGCAUGCUUAUAACAGUACUCGGCAUGAUAGCACUGGUUUCUCUCCAUACUUCUUGAUGUUUGGGAGGGAGCCAAGGUUGCCCCUUGAUGUCCAGCUGGGUGUAUCUACAGAUGGAGUGAGUCAUCGGGACCACUUUCAGUACGUUUCCCGAUUGAGGGAAGGCUUGACUACUGCCUAUCGUUUGGCUGAAGAGAAUGUUAGCAAGUUGAAUGCCAAUAACAAAAGGAGGUAUGAUCAUAAAGUCAAGUACAGAGAGUUACUUCCAGGUGACAAAGUGUUACUAAGGAAUUUAGGAGUGCCUGGGAAGCAUAAGCUGGCUGACCGUUGGAGAAAUGAACUAUUCGAUGUGGUGAGCAAGCUGCCUGGGAUUCCGGUGUACAAGAUAAAGGGACCAGAGGGUCGAGUAAAAGCCUGGCAUAGAAAUCACUUACUCCCUGUAUCUCAAGCAAGUGAUGUUUCUACAGGUAUUGACAUUGAGGAAGGUCAAAUGGAGGGUACUUCUGACUUCCCCAACGCCACGGAAAUCCCACCUACGGUUCAACAGACCCCUAUGGAUGCUCAAAUGCCUGAACCUGAUGAGGGUGGCAAUGAUGUAACUCCUUCUGAGGACUGGCCUAUUCCUGUCAGGGAUAAUUUGAAUCCUGCAUCCCCGGAGUUUGUACCAAGGUCUGAGACAAACCAGAGGUUGUUGCUUAGUGAUGGAAACCCUUCUAAUGAGGAUUCAGCUAGAGGACUCCCCCCGAGAGAGGUGAGACGGGGUGCACGAGUUCGGCAGCCCCCACCUGUACUGACUUAUGAUACACUGGGAAAUCCUUCUUAUGUACCACAUGCUGGACUUUACCAUGCCUGGGUAGGGGCGGUGUCCAAUCUGGUAAAUAUGCUGCCGGUGUUUGCACCACCAGGACUAUACUAUUAUUGA